CGCCCCCGCGUACCCACCCUGCCCCAACCCGACCCGCUCCGCCCCAGGGCUGGGCCCAGAGCAAGGGAUGAUCACUCCCCUAAAUAAAUCCGGAACCCCCUCCUGGCCCGGCCAGCACCCGCGGGCGCACAGGCUGAGACUCAGGAGCUCGGAGCCAGCCGCCUUCCGUCCUACAGUCAAUCAGUCUACCGCCCAACUCUCAUCCUCUCAUCUUGGACCCGGACCGGAACGCACUCCCUUCAUCAUGCUCACGCUCCUGCUGCUGCUGUGGUCCGCUCUGCUGCCCCGGCCGGCGCUGGGGGAGCCUCUGCUAGAGUCCAGAGACGUCCCCCCGGCGCGCUGUCUUCUGCCCCCGGAUGAAGGGCCAUGCCGCGCCCGCCUUCCCAGCUACUAUUAUGACCGCCACCUGCAGAGCUGCCGCCUCUUCUUCUUCGGGGGCUGCGAGGGCAACGGCAACAACUUCGAGACCCUGGAGGACUGUGAGCAGGCGUGCGGGUGGAUUCCUAGAGUUCCCAAAAUAUGCAGGCUGGAAGUCAGUGGAGCAGAGUUUGGGGAGUACCAGGAGCGAUAUUUCUUCAAUCUCAGUUCCAUGGCCUGUGAGAAGUUUGUAUUCCGUGGUGGUCAUGGCAAUCACAACCAAUUCCCAGAUGCUGCCAUAUGCAAGAACUUUUGUGCUCCCGUGAAAAUACCCCACUUCUGCUAUAGCCCACGGGAUGAGGGGUCUUGCUCAGCAAAUGUGACUCGGUACCAUUUCAACUGGAAAAGCAAAAUCUGUGAGCCCUUUACCUACACCGGUUGCGGUGGCAAUGAAAACAACUUUGUCUCCCUGAGGGACUGUGUCCACGUCUGUGUGAAAGCCCUGAAGAAAAAGCUCAGGAAGAUGCCCAGACUGAGCUUUGCCAAGAGGAUGAAGACAUCCAAGAAGCUUCCCUGAUCAUGUCCCUGCCUAGGACCCCCAGGACUGGGACGGAAGGGUUGGCACUCAUGUGGUGACACACGGGAAAACAAGAGAGAUCACAUUGGCCGAGCUGCUCCAUGCCUGGGAUUCAGAAGCUGUUAUUAUAUGUUGCAUGCUGUCCUGUUACUGGCAGCUCUUUGCUAAGGAUCUGCAGCUCAUUGGUUCACUUCUUGACUAAGCCCUGUAGGACAUAUUAGCCGAGGGUCACCCUUCUAUUAUUCUAUUCUCUUCUGCUCAUUCUUGUGGGGUCUGAUUGGGAACAUUGAGCCACUGGGCUCUUAGAAGAAGAUAUGGUUGAGGGUCUUCAAGCAUGAGGAAAAUAUUAGACCCUAUGUUUUCAAGAAGUGGAUUUCUGAGGGUGGAAAAAAGAAAAGCACUGGCUGAAUGAGGCUCCUCAAGUGUCAGCAGCUCUGUGAAUCUGAAGACAGAGGUCCUUUGUCUGACCAUUGUUAGACCCAGGUGUAGUCCUCUGCCCCAAUUGGUGUAGGAUGGCUGAAGCAUGGCUGGGGGGGGGAAGGGGAGGGGGAUGAGGCUGUGACAGCACCUUUGACCCUGGCAUCUAAGUCCUCCUCCCAGUAACCAGCAGCCUCUCAAGUGCCCAACACCAGGCACAAUGUGCCAACCAGGCACUUACCCUUGUGAGUAAAAAGGCCAGGGAGCCCCUGCUGCAGUCAUGUGGAGCAGUCUUGGAAUGUGCUUCUUCUCAGCAUGACUCAAGGUUAGUGAAAACGCUAGAAGUUGGGCUUUUUAGGGCAGGAAAGAUGAGAGUGCUUAACUUUUCUCGAGUUUGAGAAUCCACUGUCAGAAACAAGAAGCCAGUUCCGAAUGUGGAAAGGGGAGGAGGAGAAAUGGAUGAGCAAGACCUUUUUUAGGGGCUUACCUGCCCAAGUUGUGAUGCAGCAGCUCUCUGCCCUGCUGUGGACACACCUGUGCCAUCUUCCCUGGGGGUCCGUGCCUCUGCCCAUUCACCCUGACCAGGAGUCUCUUCCUCUUUAGCCCCU